GAGGCAUUCGAUUCAGUCAAUUUCUAGUCUGCUGAUGGCAUGUGGUGAAUGAGGAGUCAACAUCUGCGACAAGUGAGCGGUUGAGGUUGGCCAUUGCAAGCAGCUUUCUUGGGAUCCGCAAGCACGGGAGGCACAAUUUUGCAGAUUUCUGGUAUUCAUGGCUUUAGACGAAUUUUGGUUUCGGUUUGAAUGCUUAUGGGAUUUACUUUGAGAUUUUGUCUGUGGUUCAUGAGUAGAUAGGGAAACACACAAGGCUUGGCUUUGUCAGCGACUCAUUUGUGAAUAUAAUCUCUGCAUAAAGAAAAUGGGAGAAAUUGAAGAUAGUGAGAAUAGGAGAAUGGUGUUUGUAACAGUGGGAACUACAUUAUUUGAUGCUCUUGUGAGAGCAGUGGAUACAAAGGAAUUUAAGCAGGAAUUGUUUAGAAAAGGGUAUACCCACCUUCUCAUUCAAAUGGGUCGGGGAUUCUACACUCCCACCAAGUCUGAGGCAGAAGAUGGAUCAGUGGCUGUUGAUUACUUCACUUUUUCAUCAAGUAUUGCAGAUCAUCUAAGAUCAGCAUCUCUUGUCAUCAGCCAUGCUGGGUCAGGGAGUAUAUUUGAGACUUUGCGGCUUGGAAAACCUCUAAUUGUAGUGGUGAAUGAAGAUCUGAUGGACAAUCAUCAAAGUGAACUUGCAGAAGAACUAGCAGAGAGGAAGCAUUUAUAUUGUGCUCGUCCUCGAACACUCCAUCGUACAAUAGCAGAUAUGGAUUUGGCGUCUCUUCUUCCAUACCCUGCAGGUGAUGCAACCCCUGUUGCCAAGCUUAUAAAUAGGUUUCUAGGUUUCCCAGAUGAUUGAUGAAUUCUGCAUAUAGACACAAACCACUAGAUAAUGUUAGAAUCUGGGGUGAUAAUAUCAGAAUCAGACGAAUCUCCCCAAGAAUUUUGUAACUCAAAACUUGGGUGGUAAUAAUUCUGCAUAAUUUUGUUAUCCAA